AUGACUGUCCAGCCUGUGGAUGCUUCCUGUGAGGCCAAGAGCCCUCGUGGUGAUCGCCUGCAAGAGGAACCUUCGGCCAAGAAUGCCCAGGGCCUGUUCCCUCCAGCGGCAUGUAUCUUUGUUGGCAAUCUGUCAACCAAAGUGUCGCCUGACAUUUUGGCCAACGACUUGAAAUCGGUUUUCACCGAGUUCGGAUCUUGCCAUGUCAAGAUUAAGCAAGACCGAAAGAAAGGCCUGCCUGGGGCCUUUGUGCAAUUUGAGCGAGUGGAGGAUGCCAACGCGGCUUUGGCAAGAGAGGAGCCGGCCAUCCUCCAUGACCGUCCGCUGAGAAUUGAGAAGGCCAAGGCUCAGCGUGUUGCUUGUCUUGGGCUUCGCUCUCUCCAGCCCAUCACCACUCAGGAUGUGGUGGCGGCUCUGGGAAGCCGAGGCCCUCUUGAGACUUACACCAUCGAGUCUCAGCAGACGGGCUUGCAGAGCUGGACGGACGUGGCAAAGGUGACUUUCGCCUUUGUGGAUGACUACAGAGAUGCCAUUAGGCACUUCCACAAAGACGAACGGUACUACCUGCACCCGUUCGAGAUGGAUCAUAAUCUCGAGCAGCAGGGUACUGCUCCGGGUCCUGCUCAGGACCCUGUGAAUCACCUUCCUCCUCGCCCGAAAGCAACCAGCGGGCUUCACUUCUCUCGCUCUGGAAACUUCCAGCACCGCCACGGUGGCCCUCGCCAGUACCGUAAUGGUAAUGGCAACUACCGUGGCCGGGGUGGCCACCGCCGUGGAUAUCCCCAGGGCACCUACGCUGAAAUCAAUGAGGAUAUCAGCCGCUUCGCUCCUCCUCCCCCUCCCCCCCAUCAACAUCCCAUGUACAAUGGCUACCCAGCCUUCAUGGGUCCUCCCCCCUCUCCCGACAUGUACGGCAACUACAGCCCGCAGCCGUACAUGCCCGCCGCUCAUCCGGGCUUCAUGGGCCAUCACACCCCCCCAGACAUGUAUGGCCACUACAGCCCACCGCCAUUCAUGUCCCCUGGCCAUCCUGUUCCUUGGAUUGGCCCUCCUCAUGGCUACUUCCCGGGACCAGCCUAUCCCGAGAAUGGCUCCAUAUACCCUCAUCCUGGCUACGAUGGCUACCAGGAUGAGCAAUACGGUUAUCCUCCCAACCCAGGCUACGGCGAGCCCUGGGCUGGACCUGUAAACAUGCCGCCCUCGCCUCCAGACAUGGAGUACCCCACCGCGGACCAGGCCGAAGCUGAGCCAGAGUCUCAGCCUCAAGUCAUCGUGAGACUGCCUGGUCCCACUGAAGAUACCACUGCUCCCGCCGCCACUGAGUCGACUGGCUCCACCGAGACUGCUACUGCCACUGAGGUGCCUGCAGCUCAGCCAGUCAUCACCACCGACAACGAGCAUCCCACUGAGGAAGAAGGAGAGAACACCAACAAUGAGGACAAUGGCGAUGAUGACUACGUCGCUGGAGUGCCCUUGAACCCCAAGGUUCCUGAGAAAGCACCCCGCCUCAUUCGCGUCCAUAAUGACGAUAAGGAAGAGGAUGAAGCCACGCUCAUCACUCGACUCCAGAGAAUCUCCUGUGUCAAUCAAGCCUCGAUGUCGCCUAUCAUGGAGAAUACAGAUGAUGAAUCCAUCACAGCGGUGGAAUCACGCUCCCGCUCUCGAUCCUGCUCUCUCUCCAUUCGUCAUCCUCGCUCUCACUCCCACUCUUCUUCCAUCUCUAUAUCUCACCCCUACUCAGCGUCUCGUUCACGCUCUACUUCGACUUGUGGUUUUCGCUCUACCUCACCUUUUAAGUCGAGCAUGUCAGUCUACGCGCAUGAUGACGACGAGGAAGGUGACUUCGUCGGUGGGAACUUACCCAUGGCAUAG